GCAACAUGGCCUCAGCCGUUAACGUAUUGGAGCCAGAGACGAGCAGCAGUGCCGUGGGCGGCGGCCACCCCGGCCGGGCGGCGAGUAGCGAUAGCGGGAGGCGGCGAAGGACCGGAGCGAACCAGCGCUCCGCGGCACUCGAUCGGGAGUAUCUGCAGCGACCAAGCUACUGUGAUGCGGCUUUCGCCUUGGAGCAGAUCUCAAAGGGGAAAGCUACUGGAAGAAAAGCACCACUGUGGCUGAGAGCAAAGUUUCAGAGACUGUUAUUUAAACUGGGCUGUUACAUUCAAAAAAACUGUGGAAAGUUUUUGGUUGUUGGCCUUCUCAUAUUUGGGGCUUUCGCUGUAGGAUUAAGGGCAGCAAAUCUUGAAACCAAUGUGGAGGAGCUGUGGGUGGAAGUUGGUGGACGAGUGAGUCGAGAAUUAAAUUAUACACGGCAGAAGAUUGGCGAAGAGGCCAUGUUUAACCCUCAGCUCAUGAUUCAGACUCCACAUGAAGAUGGUGCCAAUAUACUAACAAUAGAAGCACUCAGACAGCACCUUGACUCUGCACUUCAGGCCAGCAGAGUAGAUGUUUAUAUGUACAACAGAAAAUGGAAAUUGGAACACUUAUGUUAUAAAUCAGGAGAACUCAUCACAGAAGCAGGGUACAUGGACCAGAUCAUAGAAUAUCUUUAUCCUUGUUUAAUCAUCACUCCUUUGGACUGCUUCUGGGAGGGAGCAAAGCUACAGUCAGGAACUGCCUAUCUAUUAGGGAAACCUCCUUUUCAGUGGAUCAACUUUGACCCCUUAGAAUUCUUAGAAAAGUUAAAAAAAAUAAAUUACCAAGUGGAGAACUGGGAAGAAAUGCUGAAAAAAGCAGAGGUUGGUCAUGGUUAUAUGGAUCGACCUUGUCUGAAUCCUGCUGAUCCCGAUUGUCCAAUCACAGCUCCCAACAAAAAUUCCACCAAACCUCUUGACGUGUCUCUUGUUUUGAGUGGUGGAUGCUAUGGACUGUCGAGAAAAUACAUGCACUGGCAGGAGGAAUUGAUUAUAGGUGGUACAGUCAAGAAUAGUUCUGGUAAGCUUGUCAGUGCCCAGGCUUUGCAAACCAUGUUUCAGUUAAUGACUCCUAAGCAAAUGUAUGAGCACUUCAAGGGGUAUGAAUAUGUUUCACAUAUCAACUGGAGUGAGGAUAAAGCAGCAGCAAUUCUGGAAGCCUGGCAGCGGAUGUAUGUUGAGGUUGUUCAUCAAAGUGUUGCACAAAACUCUACUCAGAAGGUGCUUUCCUUUACUACAACUACCCUGGAUGACAUUCUGAAGUCAUUUUCUGAUGUCAGUGUUAUCAGAGUAGCUAGUGGCUACUUACUAAUGCUUGCCUAUGCCUGUUUAACAAUGCUGCGGUGGGACUGUGCAAAGUCUCAAGGUGCUGUGGGACUGGCAGGAAUCUUCUUGGUUGCUCUCUCAGUGGCUGCAGGACUGGGUCUGUGCUCAUUGAUUGGAAUUUCCUUUAAUGCUGCCACAACUCAGGUUUUGCCUUUUCUUGCUCUUGGAGUUGGUGUAGAUGAUAUAUUCCUUCUGGUACAUGCAUUUAGUGAAACAGGGCAGAAUAAGAGAAUUCCAUUUGAGGACAGAACAGGUGAAUGUUUGAAGCGAACAGGAGCAAGUGUAGCCCUUACAUCUAUCAGCAAUGUUACUGCUUUUUUUAUGGCUGCCUUAAUCCCUAUUCCUGCUUUACGAGCAUUUUCACUCCAAGCAGCAGUUGUGGUGGUAUUCAACUUUGCUAUGGUUUUGCUGAUUUUUCCUGCUAUCCUGAGUAUGGACCUUUAUCGUCGGGAAGACAGGAGACUGGAUAUAUUCUGCUGUUUUACAAGUCCGUGUGCCACUAGAGUGAUUCAGAUUGAGCCUCAAGCAUAUGUGGAAAACAGGGAUAAUACUUGCUACAGUACACCCCCAUACAGCAGUCAAAGUUUUGUACAUGAAACUCAGAUUACAAUGCAGUCUACACUGCAGUUACACACAGAAUACGAUCCUCGUGCACAGGUGUACUACACCACAGCAGAGCCUUGCUCAGCAAUAUCUGUGCAGCCGGUGACAGUGACACAAGAUAAUAUCAGCUGCCAGAGCCCAGAAAGCACAAACUCAACAAGAGAUUUGCUUUCCCAAUUCUCAGACUCCAGUAUGCAUUGCCUCGAGCCACCCUGUACUAAAUGGACACUCUCAUCUUUUUCAGAAAAGCAUUAUGCUCCAUUCCUGCUAAAACCAAAAGCUAAGAUUGUGGUUAUUUUUCUUUUUCUGGGUUUACUUGGGCUCAGCCUUUAUGGAACUACCCAGGCUAGAGAUGGACUGAAUCUCACAGAUAUUGUACCACGAGAAACCCAGGAUUAUGAUUUUAUUGCAGCACAGUUCAAGUAUUUCUCAUUUUACAAUAUUUAUAUAGUAACACAGAAAGCAGACUAUCCCAGUCCCCAUGUCCAGCACUUACUUUAUGAACUUCACAAAAGUUUCAGUAAUGUGACAUACAUUUUGUUGGAAGAGGAUAAGCAGCUUCCCAAAAUGUGGUUGCACUACUUUCGAGACUGGCUGCAAGGACUUCAGCAUGCAUUUGACAGUGACUGGGAAGCUGGGAAAAUCACUUAUAACAAUUAUAAAAAUGGAUCUGACGAUGCUGUUCUGGCUUACAAACUCUUGGUGCAAACAGGCAACCGAGCAAAGCCCAUUGACAUCAACCAGUUGACUAAACAACGCUUGGUGGAUGCAAAUGGAAUCAUUAACCCAAAUGCUUUUUACAUCUAUCUGACAGCCUGGGUUAGCAAUGACCCUGUGGCCUAUGCUGCCUCACAAGCCAACAUCCGGCCUCCCCACCCAGAAUGGGUGCAUGACAAAGCAGACUAUAUGCCAGAAACAAGGCUGAGAAUUCCAGCAGCUGAGCCCAUAGAAUAUGCUCAGUUUCCUUUCUACCUCAAUGGAUUGCGUGAAACUUCUGACUUUGUGGAAGCUAUCAAGAAAGUGAGAGCUAUCUGUAAUAACUAUGCUGGCCUGGGGAUUGCCAGCUACCCAAAUGGCUAUCCAUUUCUAUUUUGGGAGCAGUAUAUUGGACUUCGUCACUGGCUCCUCUUAUCCAUUACUGUGGUUUUGGCUUGCACAUUUCUGGUGUGUGCCCUCUUCCUCCUGAACCCUUGGACAUCUGGCAUCAUUGUGGUGGUGCUGGCUCUGAUGACUGUGGAGCUGUUUGGCAUGAUGGGUCUAAUUGGAAUAAAGCUGAGUGCAGUGCCUGUGGUUAUCCUGGUUGCUUCUGUUGGCAUUGGUGUGGAAUUCACUGUUCAUAUUGCUUUGGCAUUUUUAACUGCCGUAGGAGACAAGAACCGUAGGGCUGUCCUUGCGUUGGAACAUAUGUUUGCACCAGUGUUGGACGGAGCUGUGUCCACUCUGUUUGGAGUGUUAAUGCUUGCAGGAUCGGAGUUUGAUUUUAUUGUCAGGUAA